AAUCCCAACUCAAUUCGAAAGCCCCAAACAAUCAUAACUUAUUUUCACUAUAUUUUCACUGAUCAACAGAGGAUUGAACAUCUAUACGCCAACGCCGCCCCAAUCGACCUUCUCUUCUUUUCUUCUUUUCCGUCUUCUUCUUCUUCCCCAACAAUUUAAGAGAAAUCAAAGACGGCGACAUCGUGAACCCACGGUAAGGGUUAUAGCAGCGGGCAUCAAUGGAGUUCUGCCCGUUUUGUGCGAACAUGCUGCUCUGUGAAAUGCACCAUUCUUCUACUAGACUUUUCUGUCCAACUUGUCCUUACAUAUGCAACAUAGAGGGUAAGAUAAAAAGACGUAUGCGCUUGCGGAAGAAACCAGUAGACCCAAUUUUCUCUGAAGCCGAUAGGGUGUAUUUAAACAAAACUACAAGUGUGUCUUGUCCCGAGUGCAACCACGGGGAAGCUUCUUUCACCCAAGUUCAGACGAGGUCAGCAGAUGAACCGAUGACUAUAUUUUACGUCUGCACCAAGUGUAAACACACCUGGACAGAGAAUUAGGUUCGGUUUCGCCAUUGGGUAAGUUGCAUAGGGAGUAUGGGAUUUCAUCAUUUGUUUGCAUUUUUAGAAGUGAUCCAUGAAUUUUAGGAGAAUCAUCCUUUUUACCUAUAUAUUCUUUAGAUUUUUACCAUGUUUUCGUCUCCAGCUAUGGUUAAAAACACGUGGAAUUGAACCGAAGUGAAACGAAACAUAGGUGGUGAAUGAUGCACGGGCGCAUUUUUUAA